AUGAGUUUUUCUAAUAAUUCAACUAAUAUAGACAGGAAGGAGUUUGCUGCAGAGCAAGAACUUCAAGAAAUCUUAAGCAGUUCUAAGUGUAAAACUAAGCCACUCAAACACGCUUCAACAGAAGAAGAGAGACCAGCCCGAAAUGAGAAAUCUAAUCCUCAAAUAGUGAAUAGCUCCCUCGAUGUAAAAAUACAGCAAGAAAUAGUUAAUUGUAUAUGUGAUACAAUAACCAUUGACCUGGAGCCGGGUAUUGUAUUACAACAACUAAAAGAAAUCUGGGAACUAUAUGAUACAUAUAAUGAGUUGACCACAUCCAGAAGGGUGCGGCUAUUCACUAUUGGAAUUAACAUAAAAUCCAACCCAAACUGGAAUAUUGUUAAGGGACACCUCAAAAAAUUCGCGGAACAAUUAAAAACCGAAGAAUCAUUAGGGACAAAGAAAACAUGGGAAGAUAUUGAACCCGAGUUGAAAAUAUUGCUCAGACAAUAUGCAAAUGCGAAGCUGUUCACUCCCCGAACCCACAAAGCUAUAAUGAAUGAUAAUCCAUGGAGUCUUUGGAUAAAAGACACAUUCAUUGCUAUUUUUUUAGGGAAAUAUUCAGUAGAAAAUCUCCGACAUGAAAUAAAGAAUGCACCAAGAAAGUAUCCAUUAAGAUGGCAAAAUAUAAAUUGGGAAGCCUCAGAGAAAGAUAUCUAUAAUCAAUUAUUAGCUAAUUGUCCUAAAAAUACACGAUAAUAAAAAGCCAAUGGCUAUGAAUUCUAGCUAGAGGCCAAAGCCUAAAUCCAAGAAAGGUCUGCAUAAAAAGCUCGCACAAAUUGUAAUUCUUGUUAUACUAGGAUUAGCAUACAAUAUCUGCCAUUCAAAAGGAAUAAAGAAUAUAAUUAUGCCAUAUUCUAUACUAAAAAU